UGACUGUGCCACCCAGGCUCUCCUCAAAGAAUACUAAAUCAAGUAUCAUCUAAAGUAACUUUGUAAAGGGGAAAACAAACAAACAAACAAACCCACAACUAGGAAGCAAUUAUUAAAAAAAAUUUUUUCUUUGAAGAUCAGACUGUGUCUUCAAUACAUCCUAGAAGUACUCUCCACAUGUACGGUAAUAGUUGUUGUCCUCACUUUCUGUAUCAGAAAUGUGUUUGGCCACAAGUAAUGGAAACCUAAGAGUGGCUUAAAGAAAAUGGGACAGACAUAACUAGGGGGGCAUGGGGAACUGCUGCUCUAGGAUGUAUUAGAGACCCACAUCUUAAUUUUCUGCACUAUCAACUGUAUAGUUCGCUUUUAUCUUAUUUGUGGUUUCAUUGUAAAAAACAGAAACAAAAACUAGACAACAGAUGCUGUAUUACUUUGUAAAUCAAGACCAUGUUUCAGGCAGAAAGAAGGGAUAAGGGUGAUGACUACUGAAUUUGUCCCUUUUUUAUUAGUAAUUGGCAAUUCUUUCCAAAAGAUCCACUCUGCAGAUUUCUGCUCACAUUUCACUGGCAAGGACUCAAACACAGGUUCAGCCCUACCAUGACUGUUUUAAACCAGUAACAAAUAUUCCUUGGGGCUUUCCUUCCGGAGUUCCAAGUCUCUAAAUGCCACCUGAAAAAUAAAACAAAAAUUGGGUUUGGAAAGCGUCCCUGUUGGCAGGGAAGACGGGUGGGUGGGAACGGAUGCUGGAUGGCCAAGGAUUAAAGUCAAGUCUGCAGAAACCCAAGUUUUAUAGUAAAUAUGGGAAAGGAAGAUGAUGGCAGAAUUCUCUCUACAGCUUCGAAGGAUCACCUGCUCACCUGCUCAUAUGGAGCACUGGAGAACAGGUGGGCAGAAACUUUAUACCAUCAAGCUGGAGCAGCAGAAAGGCAAAGAACACCGGCAAUGGGGUCCUAGCAUGGGAAGACGCUGGGACGGGACCUCGAUAAAACCUAUAAAAGAAUUACUACAGGGUCUGAAUAGCUGCUCCGGUUAUAGUUCUAAGAUUACGUACACUCCCUUUUGGACUAUUCAGUCACAUCUCUAUAAAAUGUACUGGAUAUAGGAAUCAGUGAGGGUAUGAGGAAAUAUUUUCCUAAUGCUAACUAGUUGUUAACCAACUUCAGCUGGGCGUCCCCUUUCCUACACCUGUUCUUUGUUUUGUCCCUAUCUUAAUACCCUGGCGAUCUGCUCUUCGCUGAGAAGCAGAAUAGCUAUUUCAGGUGAAAAGCCGUAGACGGGCAAUUGGUGCAGGGCCCUCUCGCGUAAAUGGGAGGAGAUGCCAUGUGAACGCUCUUCACUCCGCCAUUUCUAGUCACAUCAAGGUGUCUUACUGCGGGAGGACGGAUGAGUCUUACAGAGUCGAGGGUAGCGAUCAACACGGAUGCAGGUUACGCCGCCCGUGGGCUGUUCCAUUCUCACAAAGCCCCGAGGGGAGAGGACCGUGUGCCCCAAUUUGGGCUGCAGCGUCGCUCCGGCCCGGCUCCCCUGUGCACCGUGCCUCCCUCAUCCCCAAAACCCGAGAGCGGGGAGGGAGAAAUCGCCGCCAAUCCCUCUUCGGGGGCCCGAAGGAAAAAUGGCGAAGCGCAAGGGCGGGGAACAGGGCGGCGCGAGUGACCCGGCACUCGCUAGGCCUCGCAGCCCGCGGAGUGGGCCGCCGUGGGCGACGCCGCGCAAUCGCGGGCCGCUCGGUGUCUCCGCCAUCUUCUCCUACUCACCCGGACUCCCCCCCGCAGCCGCGCUCGCUUCGCGUUUCCCUUCCGGCCGCUGA